CUAGUUUCGUUAUUUAUAAUGGAAAAACAAAUGAUGAUGUCAGCCGCCCUUCGUUGCCUUCGCACCGUCGUCCUGCUGCUGCUGGUCGCCGACAGCCGCCCGCUGGUCACGUCGUCUCUGGUGGCCUCCAACGCUCUGCGCGACCUGGGCGACCUCAACCACCCGUACAACAGCAUCUUGUCCCCGCUGCUCAAAGCGCUGUCACAGCACGGAGCGCCGAGUUGGAACCCGGGCCUGAAGAAGAAGAAGAUGAAACUCGAGCCCAGGUACAUUAAAUAUCUGACCGAGGUUUACAAGAAGCCCUCCGUAGUGCAGCGGAGUUUGGACGGGAAUAAACUCUACAACAGCAUCCGACUGAUCAAGCCGCGGGAUGAGUGUCUUGCACAAAGUAUUAAAGAAAGCUGUAUGCAGGAGCUCUCCUACAGUCUUGAUCAAGUAAAAAGCAAAGAACAGCUUCUAAAGUCGGCUCUGCUGUACAAUUUUGACCACGACUGCACAGAACCCUUGAACUCUGUUUGCUACCUGAGAGUCAAGGAGCAGGAGCAGUCAAACCAGUGUCAACUGUGUCCUGUAGUCCAGCAUGCGGUGAACUUCACAAAUGAUGCUGACCGGAGGGGCAGGAAGAACUGGGUGGAGGUUGACGUCACAUCAUUUGUCCAGCCUCUCUUAAAGUUUGAGAAGAAGAAUAUACACCUGCUCAUCAACAUCACCUGCCCAGAGGAACAAAGAUUCAAGGGCGUUAGGCGUAAAGGCUCCCUGCAGUUCACCCUGAGGCCCCCUCCUCUGCUUCUGUAUCUCAAUGACAUCAGCAAAAUCACCCACCAGAAGUCACAUUUCAAUGCCAAACCAGAUGAAAGACCAAGCACAGCGGCAAACAUGCUUGACAAGCAGAUGGUGCUUAAACCAGGACAGAGGUUCGGGCGCAAGAGGAGAUGGAAGAGGCAAUCUCUGAAGAGCAAACAAGGUCAUAAAAGGCUGGAUAUCAACCUGCCUGAGCUUCUGCCAAGCUCUGAGUUCCCAACGAGUGACUGUGCCUUGUAUGAUUUCAGGGUCAAAUUCAGCCAACUCAAACUGGAUCACUGGAUUGUUUAUCCUCCGAAGUACAACCCCAGAUACUGCAGAGGCAUUUGCCCGAGGAUCCUGGGCUUCAUCUAUGGUUCACCUGAGCACACCAUGGUGCAAAACAUCAUCAAUGAGAGGCUUGACUCCUCUGUGCCCAGGCCCUCGUGUAUUCCCUCCCACUACCGCCCCAUGAGUGUCCUGCUCUGCAAAGAAGACGGAUCCUACGUCUCCGAGGAGCUUGAAGACAUGGUCGCCACCAGGUGUACCUGUCGCUAAGAUGGCUGCCAACAUGUGUUUUGGGUUGUUGUUUUUUUCUGGUUUAUUUUUUGUUGUUGCUUUUCCCCCCAUUAUAAAGCUUCAAAUAUUCUGACCAGGCUCAGGGAUUUCAUGAAUUUAUAAAAUGAUUGUGCAUGAUCUAGAGCAGGUCUGGUUACUUAAACAAGAAGUAUUUUAUCCUAAUGAGAAAAUGUGGAAAAUGUUAUUUCCUUUUUGUUAAGGCGUGACAAGAGAGGCUGCAAAUACAUCCUAUUGUUCAACUUGCUGUUUGGUAUUGGCAUUGAGUCUGACACACUUGAAGAUGAAAAUGUGUGAUGUAUGAUUUGUAUGAUUUUUUAAGUUAUUUUUUGUUAACUUAUUUUGGGUAUGUGGUCUUUCGUUAUUAUUUAAUUAACACAGGUACUAUGUUUUAAGUAGCCCUGUUCUGGAUAAUAGACAAAAAAAGCAGUUACAAACCUUUUACAUAUCAUUUUAUUCCUGGGGAUUACAGACGGCUGUCUGAAUGACACCUGUCUUCAUAAUGUCCAGAAUGAAAGUUGUCAAGGUUUCAGUGUGUAUUAAUUACUUCUUGUUACUGAGCGACUGCAUAGAUAUGAAUUGACUGCAGUCAUCUGACUUUGUGCUUGUUGAAUGUGACUUAAUGCAUGUCAUGUCUAUUUAUACAAAAUUAAUGGAUUCACUGUUUGUCUGUGCUCAGUUUAGGGAAAUUCAAAACUGAAGCUGAAAUGAAAAUAUGUUGACUCU